AUGAUCAAGGCAGGAGAAGUGGAGUUCGUGUCAGAGGAGGGAGAGAGGCAGGCCAAGGAGAGAGAGGAGCAGGUCAAGGAGAGAGAGGAGCAGGUCAAAGAAGGAGAGGAGCAGGUCAAAGAGGGAGAGGAGCAGGUCAAAGAGGGAGAGGAGCAGGUCAAAGAGAGAGAGGAGCAGGUCAAAGAGGGAGAGGAGCAGGUCAAGGAGGGAGAGGAGCAAGUCAAAGAGGGAGAGGAACAGGUCAACUAG